AUGGAUAAGUUUUCGAAACAUGUCAAGCUAUAUCCCAUGAUCAGACAAACAUUAGAGACAAUUAAGAGAGCGAUGCGUAGAUACUUUGAAGAAGUAAACGUACCCGAAAAAAUGGUUACGGAUAACGCGGGACAAUUCAAAUCAUCUUUAUGGCACAAAUUUGCCGAGGAAUAUGGCAUUAGUACAGCCACAACUACAUCCUACAAUCUGCAAAGCAACCCCGUUGAGCGCGUAAUGCGUGAAUUAGGUAGAAUCACAAGCACAUACGCAAGUCAAAACCAUACGAGUUGGAUAGGCAUUAUACCGCAAGCGGAACGUGUCAUAAACGCCACGACACAUUCUAGUACGGGAUACAGUCCAAACGAGUUGUAUUACAAUGAACAAGGUCACUUAGAUUUACUCGAAACGUUAAUUCCGGAGGAAUAA